AAGAAACGCUGGUUCGUCCUGCGCAGUGGUCGGAUGAGUGGGGACCCCGACGUCCUGGAGUACUACAAAAAUGACCAUUCCAAGAAGCCUUUGCGUGUGAUCAACCUCAAUUUCUGUGAGCAAGUGGAUGCGGGCCUGACCUUCAACAAGAAGGAGCUGCAAGACAGCUACAUCUUUGACAUCAAGACCAGCGACAGGACCUUCUACCUGGUGGCCGAGACCGAGGACGACAUGAACAAGUGGGUUCGCAGCAUCUGCCAGAUCUGUGGCUUCAACCAGUCUGAGGAGAACACAGAUACCCUGAGGACCCUCGCCUCCAUGAACCACGCGCCGCGGUCCUCCCCGGCAGAGCUCAGCGGUGCCAGCCACCACCUGCUGCGAGAGCGCAAGUCCUCAGCGCCAUCCCACUCCAGCCAGCCCACCCUCUUCACCUUCGACUCGCCCGCCAGCCACCUCCAGAGCACCCUGUCUGCCAGUGCCCCCCAGGACUACCUUUUCCUCCACCAGUGUAUGAGCAGAAAGUCAGAAAACGCAAGGAGUGCCAGCUUUUCCCAAGCCACGAGGUCCGCCUUCUUCAUGAGGAGCGACACGGCGGUCCAGAAGCUCUCGCAGGGCAACGGGCACUGCGUGAAUGGGGUCAGCGGGCAGCUCCACGGCUUUUACAGCCUGCCAAAACCCAGCAGGCACAACUCGGAGUUCAGGGACAGUGCGUACGACCUCCCGCGCUCCUUCGGUUCCUACACCCACCCCAAGUCGAGCCUCACCAGCUCCGAAACGGAUAACGAGGAGGUCUACACCUACAAGACUCCCAACAACACCCUAUGCAAGGAGUUUGGAGAGCUCUCCACGGACUCCUAUGACAUCCCUGCCACCCCGCUCUCCAUCUACCAGAUCCCCAGGACAUUUACACUGGACAAGAACCACAACGCUCUGGCGGUGGCCGCCAGCGACUCGCCCGCCGCACCACCCCCGCGGCCCCCGAAACCCGGGCAAACAGAGCCACGGUGGGGUAGCCCACCCCAACGGCUCCAGCCCAGUGAAAGCUUAGGGCUGGCCCCUAUGCCAGCCACCAUUCCCCGGAGAAACACGCUGCCAGCAGUGGAGAACAGCAGGCUGCACCGAGCUUCUUCUUGUGAGACGUACGAGUACCCCCAGCACGGGGGCAGCAGCGCUGUGCAGUCAGUCGAGUCGAUGAACGACGGGUACAACUCCUACCUGCAAGCCAAGGCAGUGGUGGCCCGCUCCCACAGCACUGACUCCGAGGACAACUACGUCCCCAUGAACCCCGGUUCCUCACCCCUGAUCCACACUGAGAAAGCCAACGACAAUGCCCAAAAUCUCUACAUCCCCAUGAGCCCUGGGCCACAUCACUUUGACCUGGUGGGGUUGUCCUCGGCCACCCUCCCUGUGCAUAAAGGAGGAGCCAUGGCACAGUGCCACAGACGGUUGAGUGAAAUCCAGCCCCCACCAGUCAACCGCAACCUCAAACCCGACCGGAAAGCAAAGCCAUCACCGCUGGACCUGAGGAACAACACUGUCAUCGAUGAGCUUCCCUUCAAAUCGCCCGUCACGAAAUCCUGGUCCAGGCCAACCCAGAGCUUCAACGCCGGCUCUUUGCAAUACUGUCGCCCUGUCUCCUCCCAGAGCAUCACCAGCACUGACUCAGGAGACAGCGAGGAGAACUACGUGGCGAUGCAAAACCCCAUUUCUGCUUCUCCUGUUCCUAGUGGCACCAACAGCCCAGCGCCUAAAAAGAGUUCGGGGAGCGUAGAUUAUCUGGCCCUGGAUUUCCAGCCGAGCUCGCCAGGGCCACACAGAAAGCCCUCCACCUCGUCGGUGGCCUCGGACGAGAAGGUUGAUUACGUGCAAGUGGACAAGGAGAAGACGCAGGCGCUGCAGAGCACCAUGCAGGAGUGGACUGAUGUGCGGCAGUCCUCGGAGCCCACCAAGAGCACGAAGCAGUAACACCUGGGGCAGGCAGCGAAACAGGCAAAUGUCCCGGCGGUUUUCCCAAGCUGGGGUCCCACCAGGCUGCCAGCUCCACUUGGGCUGGGGAUUCGAAGACUUGUCUAUGGAGGGAGGGGGUCUUCAUUGUUGUUUUUUUUUUCUUUUAAGAUGAAAAAGAAACUUAAUUUCAGGGGAAGACUGGGCGGAUACUGUUUGCCAGUGAUAAAGACCAACUACGUUCGGUGGCUAGGUUUGUGCUUUAGCUGCUGGAUGCACUAUCCAGGAACUUCGACGUAGCAAUACCAGGUUUCACCCUACACAUCUUUUGCUUACAGCUAUUAAAGCCACCUUGUAUGUAUGUGCUAACACUGCAUCACCUCCCCCCAUCUUCUUCCAUACCAUACCCCCAGGUUUGCAGCAUCUCUCAAAGGGCAUCAUUCCCCAGCUCAGAUUCCUCACUCCUUAUGGUUGCCCUCUUCUCUGCCUCCUCCCAACCCCAAAACUGAGCAAGGACCAUUCCUUUUGAAAUCACUUUUGUUGUCCCAUCUCUUGUAAAUAAUAUAUUCAAAACCUCUGAGGGCUAUUCUCCUCCUGGCAGGGCAGCCCCCAUGGUUUUGGUUGUGGUUGUUAACCUUUAGGAGCUUGAAGAGCAUCCAGGUUGUCCUCUUGAGCUUACUUAGAAGCCCAAAGCUUGCCCAUCAUACAUGCACACACACAUAUAUGCCAGCACAUGCUCACACAUAUGCAUGCAUGCGUGAAACAGCCAAGUUUGUUGGGGUGUCUUCUGCUGUUGAUGCUCUCCAGCAUCUCUCAAAGUCAAUGGGCUGGAGAGAUGUGUUGGAUAGCAGAAUUUAAGCCCUGACCCAUUGCCUAUCUAAAACCAAUUGCCUGUGAAUCUGGCCCUAAGAACCAAAAUCUGCCUUUUGUGCCACCGAAAGAAGCCCAUAGUGUGAGAGCCCUGCAUCUGUGGCUGUCGUGAGAAGCUCUGUGGUUGAGUAUGAGGAGCACAGGGGGGAUCUGGAAACCCUGUGUGUCUGGACUGGCACAAGGAUGAGUGACAAGGAGGGAAUUGGAGGCUGUUGCAAGGACGGGGAGAAGGUGGAUGCUGUACUGCAGAGGUUGGGUUUGGGUGAGGAGGUCCGGUGGGGUGUACCUUGGAGGAAAGGAGAAGAGUAAUUGAAAUGUUGGUUGAUGGCGAGGUCUUAAGCUUGGGAAGAGGCUGGUCAGGAAAGUCAGGGCAAGACGUUUCAAUAUUAGCUUUAAUGUAGCAUUGUGGUUGGUUUGUGGUGGGUGCGAAGGGCUGGACUAGAUAUUUUCUCCCCAUCUUCAGCCAUGUUUCUUCAACACAGAAAUGGGGCUUGUUGACGUUAACGACCCUGGGUUCUAAUUAUGGCUAUAAAUCCGCUCUUGCCCCUUGCCAGAUUCCUUGA